AUGAAUAAUAAUUUAUUUGAUGAUCAAAUCCCAGCUGAAGCUGUUCGUUGGCUCCAUUUUCGUCGUUCAGGUGGUGUAAGCACAUGGAAACCAUUUUGUGGUUAUGAUUCACUACGUCUUGAAACAGCUUAUCGUGAACGAGCAAAUGGUAAUACUGAUCCUGCAUAUGCUAAGAUUAUUGUACGUGGAGAAAUGUUCGAGGUAGACAUGGAGAGUAAUCUGUGUAUCCCAAUUUAUUGGUUUGGUAAAAAACGUUCUGUACAUAAUAAGAAAAGAACAUGGUGUUCAACACCCGUCAUCCGAUGUGUAUGGUUUCAAAAAAUCAAUUGGUUACCAGUGGAUACAAAGUUGUCAGAAAUUAUUGAAUAUGAACAUCGUACAUAUGCAAUACCAAAAUUGAAAGAAGCUACAAAACGAACGCAUAAACCUAUACAUAAAUACACUUCGAAUAAUCAUGAAAUUAAAUGGAUGUCAGAUGGGACUGUGUAUUUAGUGACAAAAGCAGCUGAACCAUUCGGAAAAAUUCGAUUACAUGGUGGUUUAAGCAGUGUACCGUUAAGCAGAGGUUAUCAUCAUUCUGCAGAGAGUAGUGAUAGACCACCGCCUAUCACACAUUUAUGCUUUGUUGUUCAUGGUAUAGGCCAACAAUUAGCAAGUAUACGUCAUGAAUGUGCAAAAUUUAGAAAAACAUGUCAAAAAGUUGCUGAGAAAUUAUAUCCAAAACUUUCAGAAUCUGGUCAACGUCUUGAAUUCAUUCCUGUUAACUGGCGUAGUUCACUUUCAUUAAAUUCUAAAACAUUGGACAAUGUAACUAUCGCUCAGUUGAGACCAUUACGCGCCUAUAUUAAUCAAAGUCUUGUCGAUAUAUUAUACUAUACAAGUCCAGUUUAUCGGCAGGUUAUUAUGCAAAGUUUAAGUUAUGAAUUAACACGCUUGUUCAACCUUUUCUGUACACAUAAUCCACAAUUUCUUCAACGUGGUGGUCGUAUCUCUGUGUUGGCGCAUUCUUUGGGUAGUGUUAUUAUGCAUGAUAUAUUAAAAAGUUCAAAUUCAAAUUUCCCGGGAUCAUUAUUUACCUCCAUGACAGAUUUAGAUUCUAAUAAUGGUUUAUCAUCACCGCGUCAAUCAUUGCCAAACAAUUCUUUGAAUGUCAUCUCUGUAAGAGAAAAGAAAGGAAGAAACCACUUAAGCACUAAUUUAUAUUCCGGAUCAAAGGAGUCUCUUAACUCCAACAUGGAUCGUGACAGUACCCUAAGGGUUCCUAAUAGAGGAUCAUUUUUAGAAAAUAUACCUAAACCAUCGGAUUGGAAACCUGUCCCUCAGUUGGCAAAUCUCUUUCUCAUUGGUUCACCAUUAGCCUUAUUCAUAGCAGUUAAUGAUCUGCCAGCGACAACCGACAUCUCUUCGUCUACACAAUCGCUGUAUUCAACAAAUUCUACAUAUGAUGAACCAGAACCGACAAAAAUUCUUCGUUCAUUACUUAAUACUGUUGUUGCAUCGAAUAAACACUCAGGAAUUGAUUUAGACGAAACUGACGCUGAAGCGUUAUUUUCAUAUUUCGCCUGUCGAAGAGUAUUCAACAUAUUUCAUUCAUAUGAUCCUGUAGCAUAUCGUUUAGAGCCUUUAUUACUCAAGCAUUAUGCAAGUAUCAGUCCUGUAGUCAUACCAAAAGCAUCUCUCAGUCAUCUAGAGAAAUUUCUUUCAAUUAAAGAUACUCUGUCAAAUAGUAUUUCCAACUUGACGAGUGUCAGUCGAAUUACUAGUCUAGUUGGAAGUGGUCGUAGCAGUGGUCGGAGCGAUACUACUACUACCAGUAGUAAUAAAUCUUCGUCAAAAGAAUCUCCUCACAGUGAUACGCCAACUCUGAAAGGAUCUGACUCAUCGCAUAGUGAUGUAGAGUCCCUGAAUUCAUUGCAAACAGUUGAUUUGUCUGAUUCAGGCAGUAGUGAUGAAUCGGAUACAUCAAAUGAAAAAACACCUGAUGAUGAGCAAGAGAGAAGAUUUUUCAAACGUAUAAGCGUUGUGGAGCAAGAUUUUGUCUACAAACAACAUCAAUCUUUAGCCAUGAAACUAUUCAGCAAUUAUGUGACUCGUCGAUCCUCCAAUGUUACCUAUCUUGGUCCACCUGUUUGUAAAAUGCGACCCAACCCCGGGGAAGAGGAGAAACAACUUCGCCGACGUGUUGAUUUUGAAUGGCAAAAAUCUUUCUCUCCAUUGGCUGCACUGGGUGCACAUAGUAGUUAUUGGAGUAGUCAAGAAGUAGCAUUCUUUAUACUCUAUCAGAUAUUUGGACCACCUCAAAUACUCCAACCAAAACAAUAA